AUGUAUCAGUCAGACUGGGAGCUUAGCAUUACUCGGAAGUUACGCACAUGGCAACUUCGCACUGCAAUAGCGGUGGGAAUCAAAUCAAAGCUCGCCUGUGCACCAGAAUGGUUAGCAACAUGGAUGAUCUUCAGCUUCGACCGAAGGGUUUUCUCUAGACCUAACCUUGCGGUAUGUGUGUUAUAUUAG